CCUGCUUCUACUAUCUCCUCCCCGCAACGGACGGAGCAGUUAAGAGAGAGAGAGAGAGAGAGAGAGAGAGAGAGAGAGAGAGAGAAAACAGAGGGCCUCUUUACUCCGUCCGGCAGCGCGGGGUGAACGCCAGGCCCGGAGCGGAGCGGGGACGGUGGAAGCUUCGUCUCCCGUGCCGAGCGGCCGCGCCCGGGGUUGCUCCCCCCGCCGCCGCGGCGCUGCGGCCAUGGCCGCAGUGGCAGAGGCAGAGGCAGAGGCAGAGGCGGAGGCGGAGGCGGAGGCGGAGGCGGCGGCAGAUCUUGGGUCUCGUUUGGGGAUGACGCCGGCGACCCCCGACAUUGUUCGCAAGCCGGCUCAGCAGUCCCGGACAACAGGCGCGGAUGGCUCGUGCUGCACUGCUCUGUUCACCAGCGCAGCGCCGGCGCCGGCGCCGGCUGCUGGCCCUGGAAAAGCGGAGAGCGACGGCUUGGCCUCGGUGCCGUCGCCCGUACAGGAGCAGUCCCAGUCCGCAGCGGAGGAUUUGGGCGAAGUGGACUGUGCUAUGGUGAGCACGCAGGAGUCCAGCACCUUGCAUCCGCUGGUGGGCGAGUCCUCUGGCAAGGUCGCACAACAAGAGCAGCAGCAGGAAGAAGGUGUUGUCAGUGGCAGUGAUGCUGUUGGUGCGGCUCCUGUCCCUACUCCGGAGAAAAUGGAGCCUACACCUAGGAGGCGGUGGAAGAAGUCGACGAAGGGGAUUCUCCGGUUCAAGGUGGUGAAAGAUAAAGUGAUGAAGCGGAAGAUGACCCCGAAGACCGCCACACCCCGGAAAGUGAAGAAGGAUAAGAUGAAGCGAACGCCGGAGGAUGGUAGCCAACAUGGUGGUGCUGGCAGCUCUAAUAGCGAGAGACACAAGCUGGAUCUGGAUUCAGAUUCUCCGGAGGAUGGUAGCCAACAUGGUGGUGCUGGAAGCUCUAAUAGCGCGAGACGCAAGCUGGAUCUGGAUUCAGAUUCAUCCCAAAGUAAAACAUGUUUCAGCAGCAGAGCCAAAUUGAUGGAUAAUUUGAAGUGCCUUGCCAAAAGUCAUGGUUUAAGUGUUCAGCCGACUCGGCGCACGAGGAGCAAGAGAGGGAGGAAGCGGCAGCUGACUCCAACUGGUGCAUCAUCCUCUGCACUUGUUCCACUUUGGGGCUCAGCCCAACUUGACAUCGCAUGCCAUGGAAAUCAUGGGAAGAAAUUGUGGAAUAAGGUGUUGGGCCUUACUGAGGAGACACUGCGGGUGUGUGAUAUUCUGGCAAAGUGGGAUGGGAGUGACAGUGAGAGUUUUGAAGGGUUUGAUAUUGGCAGCGGACCUGAAUGGGAUCGAACACGACACAUGUUUGAAAAAUUAGUGGAUAUAUUCAUUGCUGCAAUGCUUGAUCUAAUGGGGCCCAGAAAAUUCUCUCCAUGGGGAGGAUCCGUAAUUGAUUCUGUGGUUGGUACUUUCCUUACACAAAAUGUUGCUGAUAAUUUAUCAAGCCAUGCUUUCAUGAACCUUGCAGCAAAGUUUCCUCCAAGGAAGAGAUUCCAUAAAGCUGAAGAUUGUUCAAGUACAGCUCCAUUAGUAGAUGAUGCUGAUGAAAACAUCAACCAAAAUGAAGCACCUGAUACUUUUGAUUCAGUCGACUCAAAUUUUGAUGAAUACAUUGAUUCUGAAGAAGAAGAUGGCCAUGAUACAGAUAUUAAAGGGCAUUAUGGUGAAGAGUACAGUAGACUUAUAGAGAGUUUUAUUGCUAAUCUCAAAGAGAAAGGCAUUUCUACUUGGGACAGUGACCUUAUGAACUUAGUGAAGGAUAAAUCUGGAAAUCCAAUAUGCACUGAAAGAACCUUAAGAAAGUUUAUAGCUUCGCUGCGACCGGUCCCACCAUCUAUCUGGAAAGAGUUACGGCAGGAAGCAUUUGGAAAAGGAUACAGUGACAGAAGUCGAACGGGACCAAGUGAUGCUGUAGAUUGGGAAUCCGUACUACACGCACCGAUUGCUGAGGUCGCGAAAUGCAUUGAAGUUAGGGGACAGCAUUACAUUUUGGCAUUGCGGAUACAGGUUUUCCUCAUGCAUGUAAGGAAUGCUCAGGAUGGAAGCUUUGACCUGGAUUGGCUAAGAUAUAUAUCACGUGAAAAAGCCAAAAAUUUUCUGCUCAGUAUACAUGGCAUUGGAGAGAAAAGUGCUGACUGCAUUCGUCUUUUGUCUCUGAGGCAUAAAGCAUUCCCAGUUGAUGUCAAUGUAGCUCGCAUAGUCACAAGGCUAGGAUGGGUCAAACUUCAACCAUUAAAUGGUGCUGAGUUCCAUUUAAUUAACUCCUACCCAAUCAUGCGUGAUGUUCAAAGGUAUUUAUGGCCUCGGUUGUGCACCAUUGAUAAGGACAAACUGUAUGAACUGCACUGUCUUAUGAUAACUUUUGGAAAGGUAAUGUGCACAAAAAUAAAUCCGAACUGCAGUGCCUGCCCUUUCAGUGCAAAUUGCAAAUAUUAUAGUAGCUCACUUGCUAGAAAGUCGCUUCCUCCUCCAGAGAAGCAUGAACAUGAACACAGAGAACAGCAAGCAAACAUGGUUUCUUGUGGGAGAUUUCUUUUAUCAAAUGAUAGUUGCAUGCCAAGUUCUGACCAUAUGUAUCAACAUCAAAUUGAAACAAGCAGGACUGCUGAAACACCACCCAUUCAUAACUGUGAGCCAAUUGUUGAGAUGCCGCAAAGCCCAGAAUAUGAAUACGAAGAAGCACCUAAAGUGCAAGACGAUUCCUACGAAUAUUAUCCAGAUAUUGAAGAUAUUGUACCAGGAGGACUACAGUAUGACGGUGAGAUAGAUCUUUGUUCAAGCAAGCAUGUGCUAAACAGAAGAUCUUGGACACCAAACUGCGGAAAGGACUUGGUCGUAAUCAAUCCAAAUUUCAGCUUCGGACCAAAUAAAAAACUGAAAAAUAUUGGCCGUCUUAGGACAGAACACAACGCAUAUGUCCUCCCAGAUGACCAUUUAAUCUUGGAAGAGUUCGAAGAGAGAGUUCCAGAAGAUCUAUGUCCUUACCUCCUGGUCAUUAUUUCGUGCCCUGAUGACUAUACAGUGACAGGCACUGUUCUGAUACCCUGCCGGACAGCAACUCGAGGGAAGUUUCCGCUGAAUGGUACCUACUUCCAAGCAAAUGAGGUUUUUGCAGAUCACUCAUCUAGCCGUCACCCAAUAACUAUACCUAGGGAAUGCAUCGGGGUGCUGGAUAGAAGCAUAGUAUACUUCGGUUCAUCUAUACACUCGAUCACAAGAGGUCAAACAAGACAUGGUAUCGAAGAGUGCUUCAAGAAAGGAUAUGUCUGUGUACGAGGAUUUCAUCGGAGGACAAGAACACCAAUGCGCCUAUGCGGCACACUGCAUGCUACCAACACCGCAAAGAAAGAAGCUUUGAAGAAAGAAGCUGUGAAGAAAGAAGGCGAGGAGAAGCAUGCAAAGCGGGUCAGGACGUCCCCGGAGGGGAAGAGUAAAGAGAAAGGGGCACCUUCGGUGAGGUAAGGAGAAAGGGGCACCUUCGGUGAGCUAGGACCUGAUAGUCGCUUGACAUAGCUGUGUACAAAUUGUAGCUGAUGAGAAUAAUAAUGCUUAGCUAGUUCUGUAACCCUGUGUUAGGACAGUACGUAUUUUAGUCGUUAGUACAUGCUAGUUAUGAUGCCUAGGGUGGGAGCGAAUAAAUGGUGGAGGUACCUCUUUGUGUUGCGGCUAUUUUAUUUCUGUCUCUCUUUAUGCCCUGUACAGGUGAGACUAUGUUUACCUUCAUGUUGCUGUUGGAUUAUUCAUCUUUGAAAUAAGUACCGAGUCUGAAAUAUC